AUGUCCGCCAAACCCAUCGCCUUCAUCAUCGGCGCCGGCAAGAACAUCGGCGCUGCUACUGCCUCCCACUUCUCACAGAAGGGCUACCGUGUCGCUCAAGCGGCUCGUUCGGUGAACACUGAGGACAGCAAGGAUGACAGUCUCCUCCUCAAAAUUGACUUGAGCAAGCCCGACACCGUCAGGACGGCUUUCGAAAACAUCCGUAAGACCUGGGGUGAACCUAGCGUGGUCAUCUAUAAUGCUGCUUCCGCCAUCUUCGUCGACGCCACCAACCCCUUCACCGUUCCCGUGGAGGAUUUCGAACGUGAGAACACGAUAAAUGUCACCUCGGUUUAUGUCGCAGUCCAAGAAGCCGUCGCUUCAUUCGAUGAGCUCCCCGCCUCGACGAAGAAGGCUUUCUUAUACACCGGCAACGCUUUGAAUACUAUCUGCUGGCCCAAGAUGUGGUCCGCUGGCCUGGGUAAAGCCGCGACAGCACAUCUGAUGGAAACGGGCAGUCUUUCGUACAAGGAGAAGGGAUAUGGGUUCUACUAUGUUGACGAGCGCAAGGCGGAUGGGUCGCCAAAGGUUAAUCCGUAUGUCUCUGGGCCAGCACAUGCAGAGUUCUUUGCUGGGUUGGUGGAUGGUAGUCUCAAGGCGCCGUGGCAUGCAACGUUCGUCGAGGGCAAGGGAUAUCAGGCUUUUGCUGGAGCGAGGGAGUGA